AUGGUAGACUUAGGUAUAAUUCGACCAUCGAAUAGUCCAUGGUCAUUCCCAUUGCACAUGGUCCUUAAAAAGGACAGCAAUGAUUGGCGACCAACUGGUGAUUAUCGGCGUCUGAAUGCCAAUACCAUUCCCGAUCGUUACCCAUUGCCUCAUAUUCACAAUUUGACAGCUACCUUGAAAGGUACAACUGUCUUUUCAGAAAUCGACUUGGUUAAGGCCUAUAACCAAAUACCGAUGGCACCUGACGACGUUUUUAAACCGACAUCAUCACUCCUUUCGGUCUUUACGAAUUCUUGCGAAUGCCUUUUG